ACGACCGCGCCCUCCCCGCCGCGCUGCCCGCCUCCCCCGCCUCUGUAGCCCGGACUCGAUGGAGGUACAGAGCUUGGCUUGUCCGCUUUGGGAGGGGAGGUGUUGGUGGCUGAAAGGGCGAGGGAACUCUCCCCGAAAGCUUUCGCCUCGGACUCCUCCCAGCUCUGGCCGGACGCACCCGUCUCCCCCCAGCGGCCGGGCCGCCCCGCCCUCUUCUGGGGAACGCUUGACCGCGACUUCGGUUUUCGGUGGCGCUCCGCGAGGAGGUAUUUCCCCUUCUGACCCUUUAUUGCCGUCGCGGGCUCUCCUCGCCAUCCUCCGCCUCCAGCCGAGCACAGAUUGCUCGUCCACUAGCGGGUACGCGCUCGGCUCCGCCGUCCGCUCCACCUACUCCGCGCCGGCCGGCGGAGGGCGAGGGACGCGCGCGUGGCCAGCCCAGCCCAGCUGCGGGCUUCGGAGAAAGCGAGGUCCGGCGGCACAGAGCGCUGAGUUCUGCACCUCGUCGAGCUCAGAAAGUUCAAGAAAGAAACCAUAUUUGAGACCUACUUCCAUCCAGUGCUACUUGUGUUUACUUCUGAACAGUCAUUUUUUAACUGAGGCUGGCAUUCAUGUCUUCAUUUUGGGUUGUAUCAGUGUAUCAGGUCUUCCUAAAACAGAAGCAAACUGGCAGUAUGUAAUAAGUGAUUUGAAAAGAAUUCAAGAUCUUAUUCAAUCUACACAUAUGGAUGCCAAUUUAUAUACUGAAAGCAAUGCUCAUCCGGGUUGCAAAGUAACAGCGAUGAAAUGCUUUCUCCUGGAGCUACAUGUUAUUUUGCAUGAGUCCAGAAAUUCAGACAUUAACGAUACAGUACAAAACCUUAUCAUCCUAGCAAACAGCAGUUUAUCUUCCAUUGAGCAUAAAACUGAAUCAGGAUGCAAAGAAUGUGAGGAGCUGGAGGAAAAAAAUAUUAAAGAAUUUUUGAAGAGUUUUGUACAUAUUGUGCAAAUGUUCAUCAACCCUUCUUGAUUGCAGCUAAUCCUUUUCAGCAUUUCUAUUAUUAACAAACAGCUCCCCACUGCUUAGAGGCAACAACGAAACACUCAGCAUUUCAAAUGUGCUGCCAAAAUAAAUUCUUCUGGCAAGAGGAUGAUCAGGAACUUUGAUCAGAUGAACUCACAGAAAUGAAGGCCAAACAAUGGCAUUGAGUACCAUGGUGUCUAUGAAUGAAGGACUUAUUUUAUUCAUUUAUUUUUAAUUUAUUAUUGAGAUUGUACAUAUUUGUAGCAUAAUGUAAAAUGUUGAAUAAAAUUUUGUACAUAUUUUAUCUUUUGAAAUUGCACUAUUUUAUGUCAUAAGAAAAUAGAGGGUGUUCGGUUCAAGGGUGAUAGUCAAAUUAUUUAACAACCACUGGGACUGGGCACCACUGCUGUAGGUAAAGAGGAUGCCCCAACCAAUGUGGAAAUUGACUACCAGCCUUCCUUUAUUUCUCCUUUAGGUGUAGCACUUGGAGGUGAAUUGACUACCAAAGAGAAAGGAGGGGGCUUCCCUGGUGGCGCAGUGGUUGGGAAUCCGCCUGC